AUGGAAGAGAUAGAGAAGAAACAACAAGCUGUCAAAAGGAAAGGGAACAAUUAUGAAGCUGGGAUGAAUUUAGGUCGGGCCUGCAUGAAACUAUUUUUAAAAGGUCGUCCAUACACAGAUUAUGAACACGAUGUUUUUAAUUUAAAACAAGCCAAAGCCAAAAUAGGCCAUCUUAAUCACUCUGAACACUUCCCAGCUUUAUUUAGACCACAUGUUCAUAUGGUCGUCAAGAGAAAACUCAAGUCGUUUCUAAAUAAAAAACUCGAACAGACUGGUCAUAUGCCACCUUUAGCGUUAUCUGCAGACAAGGCAACAUAUAAGCACCGUUCAAUGCAAUUUCUUAGUGGUGUCACUAUUAGUCCCGGUGCUGAAAACCUUCUUGCGUUAGUCAGUUUUGGGCAACCAGUGGUUAAGGAUGGUAGUGGUGGUCCAGCUCUUGCACAAGAAAUGAAAAAGGGUUUGGAUAAAUUUGAUGUGGUCAGUUGUCAAAUUGAAAGUGCCGUUUUCAACGGUGUAUAUUUCCACUGCAGCAUUGAGAAGCAUUUUAACAGCUUAUACGGAUUACAAGAUGGUGACAUUCUUUAUAGUCAUGA